UAUUUGACUGGAACUGAUUUCAGGUAUCAAUACAGUGUUGCACAACAUCUGUUUGGUGUUAAGCGUCGUUAUGCGUUCUACGAACCGAUCUCAACGGAGGAUACCAAUCAUAUCGUCACCAAUCAUCCAAAUCACUCGACAACAUUGCCAAGCCAUAACGAAUCGCACGUUCUGCGAUCAUCCAGUCCGGGAUCGUUCCAGAGCAAUCGUUUGGAGCAUGUUACAAUGAUAAUGCUAUUGUUUUAUGCGGCCGCGCCCGAUUCGAAUGUGACCAAUAUCAUCACAAACUGGGAGAAUGCGGUCUUUGAUUGGGCACAAAAUGGAAGUGCUCAAUUUUCGGAUUUGAGCAUUGAUGUGUUGGGUGAUAAGGUUCUGGGACGUGAAAUGGUACGUGGAGGCCUAUCGCUGAUACCACAUCUGCUUGCUGGACUUGCUCUGUCGAUCACGUUCGUGAUGAUAUCUGUUAUUAUCUCAUCACUGCGAAGUCGAAGGGUUGAUCUGGGCAAGGUGAUC